AGGGACCAGACGCCUCCGCUCGCACCCCUCCCCCCUCGGCCGCACAGCCGGCGGUUCUAGGAAGACGUCGCUUCCGGGAAGGGCUGGGACACAGAGGACAAAAGAUUAGGCUGCUCGCCCCGCCCCGCCUCCCGGCCCGCCCCCCGCUCCCUCUCCGCUGGCCUGAGCUGCCUCCUCUCAGUCCCGGUCCGCCGCCCGUGCGCCUCGGGAGCCUACCUUGUGAGCGCGAUCCGCGCCCACUGGCUCCGUUCAGCCGUCGCUGUCCGGCCGAGCCCCAGCUCCGGAGCUGCCGCUGCUGCUGCCGGGACAUGGUCCUCUGCGUUCAGGGACCUUGUCCUUUGCUGGCUGUGGAGCAGACUGGGCAGCGGCCCCUGUGGGCCCAGUCCCUGGAGCUGCCCGAACUAGCUAUGCAGCCUUUGCCUGUUGGGGCCUUCCUGGAGGAGGCAGCAGAGGAGUCCCCAGCCCAUCCAGAGAGUGAGCCUAAGGUGCUGGACCCCGAGGAAGAUCUACUGUGCAUAGCCAAGACCUUCUCCUACCUUCGGGAAUCUGGCUGGUAUUGGGGUUCCAUUACGGCCAGCGAGGCCCGGCAACACCUGCAGAAGAUGCCAGAGGGCACAUUCCUAGUACGUGACAGCACCCACCCCAGCUACCUGUUCACACUGUCAGUCAAAACCACCCGCGGCCCCACCAACGUGCGCAUUGAGUACGCCGACUCCAGCUUCCGCCUGGACUCCAACUGCCUGUCCAGGCCACGCAUCCUGGCCUUUCCAGAUGUGGUCAGCCUUGUGCAGCACUAUGUGGCCUCCUGUGCUGCAGAUACCCGAAGUGACAGUCCUGACCCUGCACCCACCCCGGCCCUGCCUUCCCCUAAGGAAGAUGCGCCUGGUGACCCAGGCUUGCCUGCAACUGCUGUGCACCUGAAACUGGUGCAGCCUUUUGUGCGCAGAAGCAGUACCCGAAGCCUGCAGCACCUGUGCCGCCUCGUCAUCAACCGUCUGGUGGCUGAUGUGGACUGCCUGCCACUACCCCGGCGUAUGGCUGACUACCUCCGACAGUACCCUUUCCAGCUCUGACCUUGCCUGGCAUCUGCCUAGCCUCACCCAGCCAGACCCUGGAGGGGACACUAGCCCGAGCUGGACUUGGGCUCCCACUAUGCCUCCUCCAGUCAUCCUGGUGCCCCUGUGCAUCUGGCAGCUGGACCAGGAAGAGUCAGCAGGAGCCAGGCUGGGGGAAAGGGGCUGAGGCAAGUUUCACAUGACUUGAAGGCCAGUGCUCCCAGCUCCCAUGUGGCUCCACUGUGGUGGGCCAUAUGUCAGAAGAGAGGGAGACUGGCAGGACCUCUUUUUACCCUGCAGGCUGGUCUCAGGCCCCCGCUCACCUGCCUGGGCCUCCUGAACUACACAGACUUGGCCGGCCCUGGUUCCUGAGGCAGGCCCCCUCCUUGCAGCCAUCCUCUGUUCCAAGAAGGAUGACAGCCAGAGAAACUGAGGUUGACAGUGACAGUCCCCUGAUGGGGGAGCCAGUCAGGCUGGGGGACCGCACAGUUAUAUAGUAUUUAUUUAUUUAUUCAUUCUCCUCGGGUUGGUCUCUGGCUGAGACAACCCCACCUCUCUGCCCUGAGCCUUGAGUGCUCCAGAGACCCCCACCCUGCCCCAGCUUUUCUCGUUCCUCCAUUAGAGAGCCCCAUCCUGAGAUGUGUUUGUUGCUGGACCCAAGGCAGUCCUGGAUGUCCUGGCGCUGACCCACACCUGUGAUCAUAUCCAUCCUCUUCUGCCCCCAGCCCUGUUUUGGGAGUGUGGACAAAUGGACAAGGAAAUGGAGCCAAGGCUUUAGCGCCCAGCAAGGCCUGCCACUCACCCUCUUGCAGAGCAGAGCCCCCUGUGCACAGAGCUGGUCUCCCUAAGGCACAGGGCCUGCAGAAGUGCCAGUCUGUGUCAGCAAGGGGCAUGCUUGGUUUGAGGGCUGUUGCUCCAGCUCUGCUGGGUCUGCUUCCUUCCCAGGAAGGUGCCUGCAUGUGAGAGGGGAAAAAAAAGAUACAUAUCUGAUAAAACUUUAUAAAAUAAUUAUUACUUAAAAAAAAAUUCGGUAGUCUUUUUUUCCCCACUAAUUUUUCUGUGAUGACAAUAAAGUUGUAUCUUCCAUUUAUA